AAAUUGCGAUUUAAAGCAAAUCUUUGUUUCCAGUUCUUGGUGUGCGCCGCUGCGCUCUGCUCGGCACAGUUCCAAGACGGGCAAAGACCAAUACCAAUCCCGAUACGAGCAACACGCUAUCAGAAAUUACCGCCCGUUCCUCGAUCAAAUACCGGACCGCAAUCUAUUUUGUCUAAUCAACGAGUUCGCCGACCAGUCACAUUCAGGCCUCGAGGCCUCGGAGAUGAUGCGCCAGGUACAUUCCGACCCCUCCGACCGAACUUGCCGGUGAACGCGCCCUCGUUCACGCAGCACGUAAAGCCGGUGAACGAAGAGCCCGAGGAGGAGGAUGUAGCGCGCGAUUCUACUCGCGAGCACGAAUCUAUCGAGGACUCCCGAAGUCUGAGCCAGGAGCAGGAAAGCGAGGAGGACGUGAACGAGGAGGUGCCGCGCGUGGCGCCGAAUCCACUGCGGCUACCCGGUGCUGCGGUACCUGUGAUUCCCGGGCCGGUGUAUCGUCCGACCCAGGUAGUGACGCCGUUAAGCAUCAGAGGAAACCCUGCAACGCCGCCCCCGCCGCCGCCGCCACCAGCCAUCCAGUAUCGUCCGACGCAGAAACCGACGAAAGCCCCGAGAAAGCAGAUCGUCGACGACAUCGCGUACAAGCAGCCGAUCAAGCAACCGAUCAAGCCGGUGAAACCGUCUCAAGCUUACGAAAUCCGCGGCAAAAAGCCGGUCGCGCAGAUCAUCAGGCGAUAUCGGCACGACAACGCGGACGGUUCCAUCACGUGGGGCUUCGAGAACGACGACGGGUCGUACAAGGAGGAGACGAUCGGCGUGGAUUGCAUAACCAGCGGCAAGUACGGAUACAUCGAUCCGGACGGGAUCCGGCGCGAGUACACGUAUGAAACCGGAAUCAGGUGCGACGAGGAGCAGCAGGAGGAGGACGUGGAAAACGGCUUCGUGGAUUACGCGGAAAACAAGCUGGUGCUGCCGGACGGGAAGACCAUCGAUCUUUCAGCGAUGGGCAAGAAGCAAGCGCGCCGGCCUCAGUUCCAGUACAGAAAUUAAGGAGGAUUAAUCCGCGCUUAUUUCACCAUCUCUCGCCACCGCGUCUUCAUCGCGUUUAACGCGCGCGCUGUAUAACUUCGUGUAAAAUCUUUAGGAUAAAUUUAGUGAUAAAUUAAGGUGUUAAGAGAUUAGCCAUUAUACCGGUAACGUGUAUUGUAACUCAUGUAAGAUCAUGCAUUUAGUGUAAAUUAAGUUUAAUAAAUAAAUUAAUAAAACAAGAAAAAUCUUAGCAAUACACCCAAUCGAUGCAAUUGACGCAAUCUUCUAUAGUUUAGCUCGUCGCGCAACCCUCCGCGCAAAGUACAUUUAUCAAAAUAACUCGAGUGACUCCGCGAUAUUUAUAAACACGCUGUCGCCUGAUGUCCCGUCUACACGCUGUCUUUAAGAUGGUGUGUUGAAGAGAUCUGAUGUUAAAUUGUAGCUGUGUCAAACUAUCAGUUUACAAUUUAACAUCAGAUCUCUUCAACACACCAUCUUAAAGACAGCGUGUGGACGGGGCAUAAUCGAACUCACUCUACGUCGAAGAGACUCGGGAGUGAAUCGAAUCUUACGUCCAGGAAACAACAAUCGAUCAUUUAUUUCGUUGAAUACAUUUACUGAUAUCGAAAUGUUAUUUCGCCAAUUGUUGCUAUACAUAACACUAUUCAUGGCGCCAUAUAUUUAACUAGACAUUGAUUGACAAGUGUAUAUCAUGUCGUGUAUAUAUAUAUGUAUAUAUAUAUAUCGAUGUAUAUAUUCGAUCUUGAAGGAUAACAAAACUAAUAAAUAUAUUUUAUGUCGUUUGUAACAGACAGUAUUCCUCAACGAAGCGUAAUUAUUCGCAUAUUCGUGACACAGAGAAUUUUCGUGACCAUCGAUCAUGCCAGAUUACGCAUAAUCGAGUAAUGUGAUGUGAUGAUAUGACAAAUGCAGCGGAUAUGUAUACGCCGCGAGUCGAUACGGUGACUCGAGAGCCGUUUUACUUGAUCACGCUACGUCAAAUGUUUCUUGCGUCCCUGUACAAUUCGCGCAGUCGUAACUGCACUUUUGAUCCCAUCAGUGUGUGUUAGCGACUUACGAAGCGUAAUAUCGAACGGUCUAGAAAGUCUA